AUGGAUGACCCUCCCCUCUCUGCUCAUGAUGGAUGGCUUGAAGGCUCUGUGAAAAUACGGCUUCCGGCAACAAGAAAGAAAUUUAAGACCGAGGAAAAGGCACCCCAAUUUGAAAUUGGCGGAAUUCACUAUCGGCGCCUAACCCAGGUCAUCGUGUCUGCGUUUCAAGAGCCGCUUGCGAAGAAAUUCCAUUUUUUCCCAUUUAAAAUGUUCUGGCGUGCAUCCCCAGACUCUCCUCCUGAGCGUGUCAUCACAGAGGUGUAUAAUUCGGACGCAUUUUUGGAGGAACACGAAAAGCUCAAAUCACAACCACGGGAACCUGGGUGUAACCUUGAAACAGCCAUUGCUGCAAUCCUCGUGUAUUCCGACUCCACGCAUCUCGCAAAUUUUGGCACGGCAUCCCUAUGGCCAAUCUACAUUUACUUCGGAAACCUCUCCAAAUACAUUUGCGGGAUGCCAACUUCCUUCGCAGCUCACCACCUGGCAUACAUGCCUUCGGUACCAGACUCGAUUGGAGAUGCAUACAAACAAGUUUUCGGAAAGGCACCAUCAGCAUCAAUCUUGACGCACCUCAAGCGAGAACUCAUCCAUGCCAUCUGGGAGCUAUUGAUGGAUGAAGAGUUCAUGCAUGCUUAUGAGCAUGGAAUCAUUAUAGAGUGCGCUGAUGGAAUUCUCAGACGCAUCUUCCCUCGAUUCUUUACCUAUGGUGCCGAUUAUCCUGAAAAAGUCCUAAUUGCGACAAUCAAAUCACUCGGUCGAUGUCCUUGCCCUCGCUGUUUUGUACGCAAGGAUCAGAUUGGUGACUUGGGAACUGUGAAUGACACAAAGCGCCGUGAGAACAUCCGCACUGACAAUCAAGAACGUCAAGAAAAGGUUGAAACCGCCCGCAAGGGAAUUUUUCAAAAGGGCCGUGCAGUCGCAAGCAAAGUUUUUAAUAUGCUCCUUGGGAUGACAUCAAUAGUCCCUACGCGCAAUGCCUUCUCACGCCGCCUCUCAAAAUUUGGUUUCAACUUCCACACAAUGCUCGUCCCUGACCUCCUCCAUGAAUUUGAGCUUGGUGUCUGGAAAGCCGUAUUUACACAUUUAAUUCGCAUUUUACAAGCCAUAUCAUCAGAUCUGGUACAAACUCUGAAUCACCGAUACCGCCAAAUACCCACUUUGGAAGGGACACCAUACGUCGAUUUGCAAAUAAUACAUCAGAGAUGA